AUGGACCUAAUAAAGAGUUACAGCGGAGACAGCGAUGACGAGCAUGAUGAUCCCGAACAAAAAGCGUUGCCAGUACCUGAAGCCAUUGCGUCAAUGUUUGAAGGUAGACUGUAUCAUCCAAAGCCAAAAGACGAACCAGAUUCCCACCAAGGACGCUCUCGUUUGUUUGAACAUGAACGUGGUAAUUGGGCUACUUACGUAUAUGUACCGUGUCCAGACAUGGAUUUAGUAGAGACUGUUCAAGAUCAAUUGGCCGAAUUUGGCCUAGAAAUUAUUAAACAUCCCCACAUCAGCCUUACAAAAACAGUUGUACUCCAGUAUCAUUGGAUACAACGAUUUAUCAAUGAUGUAAAAUCCAAAUUGUCAACAAUUCUAAGAUUUACAGUCAAUUUUGGAGACUUAGAGGUAUUUUGUAAUGAAAAUCGUAGUAGAACAUUCAUUGGUUUUCUUGUAUAUCCUGCAGGAGUUUUAUCUCAAUGUGUUGAUCAACUGGACAAUGUCUUAUCCGAUUAUAAUUUACCAAAAUACUAUGAAGAUCCAAAAUUUCAUUUGAGUGUUGCUUGGUGUUUGGGCGAUCAGUCUACUCAGCUAAGGACUAAGUUAAAAUCAUUAGAACUAGAAAUAGAAGUUGACACUUGCCGUAGUUUAAGAGUUGACAAGCUUAUGUGUAAAACUGGCAAUAAAAAAUAUAAUUUUGAUCUCGUUUAA